CUCAAAAACAUUAAGUCAGUUGACUUCUGUAGUUACAGUCGGCUCUCAGUCUUUCUAAUAUUACCGGAUUCUGCCACUCUCUCACAAUGACACAGAUUAUGAGGAUUUCAGUUUGCUUGAUGGCCGUCAUCGCUAUGGUAGCUUGCGCACCUCUUGAAUCCGGCGAGAGCUUAAAAACCGACGAGAGCGUUGGACUUGCGCUCGGACUUGGUUUUAAAAAAGUCGCAAAAAGUUUAGAUUUCGGCCUCGGUUUUGCCCUAAGCGUUGAUUCACCUAAAGCCUACCCUGCUUACUAUGGUUACCAUCCUUACGGCUAUGGAUACCCUCACUACUAUCCUGGAGGCGCCGCAGCAGCAGCAGCAGCGGGUCCAGGGGGUGCUGCAGCAGCCGCCGCGGCCGGCAAAUAAGAGGCCUGUUUUUGCGCCGAGGUCUGUGGAGACUGAAAUUUUUCCGGAAACUUCUGCGGAGAUUUAGACGCAUCCUGUUCCUAUUGUUCCUCAAAUAAACACCAUAAAGACGCCACAACCUGCAAAUUUCUUUCAGCUGAAACUUGUGUCCGACCAAGGAAUUUCAGCGUGUCACAGAACCGAGUUUUGAUGGUUCAGAUUGCAAAAACUGUAGAGGAAAUUGUUAAAAUUCACGAAAAAGGAAACCCUUUUGCAGUGUUUUUAAGUAAGAUUUACUUUUAAUACAAUUUACGUUGUAGCUCUGAAAAAACUGUUAUAGGUUUUAUUUUAUUUUUUGUUGACACUUUUUUAUAAAAGAAUUUUUCGUGUUGAAAAACUACAGCAGAUCUUCUCAGAGGUUUCUGGAAAAAUUAGGUAAGAUUUCUCUCUUGUAAAUUCUACCAAAAAAGGGUUUUCUUUUUAGUGAAUUUUAACAGUUUCCUCUAUAGCUGUCUUAUUAAAAUUUAUACUUUUAUGUUUAUAAAAAAAUAAAAAAUUCAACACUUGUUUCUAACGAGGAUUGAUUACGAGAAAAUAACAAAAUCUGUCCCUAAUGCACCCCUAUAAGUCCAGUAAUUUCUUUGGCAUUUCCUUGGUGAGUCCGUGGUGAAUGACGUCAUGAGAACAUGUACAUCAUGACUUUUCUUACAUUGGCCUUAUAAAUGGUGCAUGCAGAGACAGACAAAGUGCAAAUUAUGUUCGUCACUUUAGAUAAACAGUGGUAGAGGAAAA